AGAUCGGUACAGUGUCUACGAGGGUUUCAGAGAAACAAAAAGCGUCGCGAAAAGUGAGAAGAGAAGAAGAAGAUGUCGUCUGCAGUCGGAGCGGUACCGUUCUGGAGGGCGGCGGGGAUGACCUACAUCACCUACUCCAACAUCUGCGCCAGUCUCGUCAGAAACUGCCUCAAGGAACCCUACAAGACCGAAGCCCUCUCUCGCGAGAAGGUCCAUUUCUCUCUCUCCAAAUGGACCGACGGCAAGCCUGAAAAACCCACUGUCCGUUCAGACGACCAUUGAUUCGGAAUAGCAGCAAGCUAUGCAUGCAUAAGGUCUGAAGGUCAAUUGUCAUUUUGAACCUCUGGUUUUUUUGUUUUCCAUUGUUUUUUCUGUCCAUGACAUGGCACAGUAACUUGAUUAUGGAUUUGCAUGGUUUAUCAUGUAAUAAUUAAAGUUUCAACAUGAUUUUAAACUUCA